CGUAGCACACGGAUGUCAAUGUCAUGAAGUUUGUUCCUGCCUCAAAAAGUGACGCUGACGCGUGCAUUUGUAGAAGCUGACCUCACUGUAGAGCGUGCUUGUUGUCUAGCUGGGUGUAGGCACCCAAGCCCGGAGUCUAAGCUCAAGCUUUCAGAAGAGGCAUGGCCACGGACGUCUUGGAGAUAGAUGUGUCCAUAUUUUGUGGUCCGCCAGGUGGACAAGCCCCACAGGUGGUGGCAGAAAGGCUUCAGAAAACCUCAUUAGCAUCUCCAGUUUUGGAGGAUGUUACACGGCGGCUAGCAUCUGGCCGGGACAGGCACCAAGCAGUUUUAUGCACCAGAAUUGCAUCAGCACAGUUUGCAGCUAGGCGAGGCACCACAGUCCGAGCCUUGAUGCAGGAGAAGAGCCAGCAGAUAGCUGCAACCACUGAACUCAGGCUUUCAGUGGCUAGUCAGAGGAGGGACCUAGAGCUAGCAGCUGUCAAGAAGAAGGCGCAGAAGACCAUCAGGAACCAUGUUGAGAUUGUUGCUAGGCUGCGACAACAGAGGAGCGAUGCCAAGUUGGCCUUGGAGGCAAAACUGGAGGCUGCCAAGGGAAGGAGAGAGGGGGCGUGGAAGGCUAAAGCUGAGGUGGCAGCUGCCAGGUUUGCAAAGGUCCAACAUACACGGGAGGGCAGGUUGAAGAUGCUUAUGGAGAAAUCAGAGGAGCGGAUGGCCAGGGGAGCCCAGAGGAAGAUCCUCAGCAUGGCUUCCAUUGAGGCAAGGGCAAUCAUGGCAACUGUCAGGGGAAAGCGGGUAAUAUUGAGGCAGCAAACCAAAAAGAGCGCAAUCAUGGAAAGUAUCAUCCAGUCUCAGGAGCGGGCAGCCAAGAAUCGCGAGGGCAACCUAGACUACGUCCGGGCCAAGGCACGUGCCACCGUCCUCAAGCACGAGAUUGUGCUGCACAGGCAGAAGGACUACCGGGAGGCGCUUGGAGAGUACAUCGAGCAGGACCUGUUGCUGCACAAGAUCCGGCGCGCCGGCCACCUGGCGGCCAUCAAGGGCCGCGCGCACGCGGUGGUGGCGAACCACCGCGCGGUGCUGCAGUACAACAAGGAGAGCGCGCUCAUCCGCGCGGCGCUCCUCGAGGAGGACCUCAUCGACCACAUCAUCGCGCAGCAGCACCACCUCGCCAUCGUCCGCGCCAAGGCGCACGCGACGGUGCUGCAGCAGGAGUUGGUGGCAGCCGAAGAACUUGCUCCCUAA